AUGGGCCCAAUUCCUAAAUUGGAACGAAAUCUACCACCUCAAGAUCCACUAGAAUACAUAGACGUAGAUGCAGAAUUAAAUUUAAAUAAACACAUAAAAAAAACAGCAAACAACAAUGAAGUUAUUAGACAAAUAGCCUUGGAAACCAUUAAUAUAAAAUACCCAAAGGACAAAUGGUUUCAUGUAUACACUGAUGGAUCCCUACUCAAACAAUAUGACGGAGCUGGAGCUGGUGUACAUAGUGCAUAUUUCAAUCACUAUUUCAAAUUACCAGAUAACACCACGGUAUUUGAAGGCGAAUUAGCAGCGAUUGAAUGUGCACUCAAACAAAUAUUAGGAAGAAGAAUAAAGGACCAACAAAUAGUCAUACUAUCAGACUCUCAAGCAGCCUUACAGAAAGAAAAACAAAGUCGAGAAAACCUCCUAAGAGAAAAAACAUACGAAAACAUUUCUAAAGAAUACGACAAAAUCGCCAAUUUCACUAGGAAAAGGGCGGUAGCACAUUUUAGAUUAUACACGGGGCAUAAUUGUUUAAAUGAUCACCUGCACAGAAUGGGCUUGGUACAAAAUAAACUAUGCACACUAUGUGAUCUAAAUAGGGUUCAAGAUGCAGAACAUCUAACAAAAUGUCCACAGUUAGCAGUAAGCAGACAAAUCAACAAUGACUUGACAUAUCUUUACUGGGCAGCAAGAAUGAAGAUGAUUUAA